AAAGGUCGGUGUAGACCGUACGAAGAACCAACUAAGACCGAGCACCAGCAAAUCCUUCCGGUGGCGUGGGUUUGAAGCACUGACGCAGAGGAAGGAACCGUUCUGUAACGUAUCGGUUGAUAACGAAGCAAAAUGUCGGCUGUUACGAACCAGGAGGAAGAUAAGAAACCUACAGAUCAGUCGGCCCAUAUCAAUCUCAAGGUCAAGGGUCAGGAUGGGAACGAAGUGUUUUUCAGAAUCAAGAGAAGCACUCAACUGCGGAAGCUGAUGAAUGCAUACUGUGAUCGACAGUCAGUGGAUCUCAAUUCAAUUGCAUUCUUAUUUGAUGGCCGUCGUCUCCGAGGAGAGCAGACUCCUGAUGAGCUUGAGAUGGAGGAUGGGGAUGAGAUCGAUGCAAUGUUGCACCAAACAGGUGGCGCAACUAUCUAGAUGCUGGAUUGGGUGGUUCAUUUGUGUAAAAAGGAUCAAAGUUACAAAUACUUUUCCUAGUUGCAGGUUGUUCGAGACUGAGUUCAUAACGUGUAACAAAGAUUAUUCGGUUGAUCAUGUUUUGAAUUAUGUGGUGCUUCUGUUCUUGGUUACUCUCCAAGAAGCGGCAGAAAACUACAAUCAAGUCAUUGUCUGGAAACUUGUGGAUAUUAUAUUGUGGAUCUCUUCAGAUUACUAUGCUAUUAUGGAAACCCAGGCACUUGAAUAUAUUAUAUAUGGUAUAUGUGUGAGAUCUGGUUCUGUCAUCAUUUCUCUAUGCUUCAA